AUGAUGGCGCACUCGGAGACGCUGGCAAACUUGGUCAACCGCGAGGACGCCAUCGCCACACGGUACGAGUCCGAGGUCACGGUCCUGGUCACCGACAUGUCGGGCUUCACGCGGCUGACGCGCAAGUACGGGAUUAUUCACUUUGCCUCGCUCAUCCUCAAGAUGCGAGCCAUCUGCAGGCCCAUCUACGAGGCCUACGGCGCACUGUACAUCCUCACCGAGGCCGACAACUUUUUGGUCCUCUUCUCCACGCCCGAGGACGCCGUGGCUGCCGCCAUCGAGGCCAAGACCAAGAUGGACGAGUACACCGCCACUGUGGCUGAGAAGGAUUUCCAGCCCAUCAUCGGCGGCUACGGCAUCGGCCUCGGCCGCGACACCAUCCUCGGCAAGAACCACAUGCUGUUCGGCGAGGCCCGCGACGUGGCCUUUCGCCUCGGCGAGGACGUCGCCGCAGACUCGGACAUCUGCGUCGACCACGAGGUUUACGAUCGCAUCCGCGACAUGCCGCAGUUUGCAAAAGUCAAGGGCGAACGCCGCAUUGAUGACGAGGACGGCGGCGACGGCCGCGUCCACUUUGUCGUCUCGGGCAAGCUCUCCGGCAGGCUCAAGGCUGACAAGGCCAUUGCUGCUGCCAACGCCGCCGCCGCCAAAGCCACCGACGAGUUUGGCGUCUUUACCAACCACAUGCUCGCCCGCCUCGAGAACGAGCGCGAGCGCUCCCGCCUCGACGCCCUCAUCGAGGAAAAGUACAUGCACGACUACGCUGUUGUCGUCAUGGGCCUGGACUUUGCCGAAGAGACUGAAAAGUUUGGCGUCAUGAACUCGCUUGGCAAAAUGAUGAACAUCUCAACCAUGGUGGCCCGCAUCCUCAAAAAGUAUGACGGUUCGGUCAUCGAGGAUACCAUCUUCCGCUUUGACCGUGUCGAAGACGCUGUCCGCGCCACCCUCGACAUCAAGGCUCUCUUUGUCUUUAUCAACGAGAGCCAUGGGCCUGACGAGCAGGUCCCCUUCAAGGGCUUUGGCAUCCACCUUGGCAAGAUGCUCCUCGUUGACGGCUCGGACGUCCACUGGGGCGACCCGCUCAACACCUCGUCCAAGCUUGGCGAGGACGUCGCCGCCGAUGGCGAGCUCUUUAUCACCCUUGACAUUCACCGCAAGAUCCGAAACGUCAAGUCGCUCAAGCACCUCGAGUUUGAAAAGCGCUCGCCGACCGUCUCCAAGGUCAAGCUGCAUUCGUACGUUGUCCACGAUCCCCGCAUGCGUGACGGUGACCCCAUCGACCGCUUUGGUCGCAUUUGCUGGGGCGACUUGCUCCCGAGUCGCUCUGCAAGCUCGGCGUCGGGCAAGGGCAAGCGCAAGGGCAAGCGUAAGGGCAAGAGCAAGGGUAAGCGUAAGGGCAAGGGCAAGGGCAAUGAUGGCUCGUCGUCGUCGUCGUCGUCGUCAUCAUCAUCAUCGUCGUCGUCAUCGUCCCAUUCGUCGCGCUCGGCCGACUCGUCGGCCUGCUCCGCCUUUGAGCCCGACCGCCACAUCCGCAAGUACAAAGGCAAGCACGCCGUGCUCGUCACUGACAUGUCCGGCUUUACCCGUAUCACCCGCAAGAUGGGCAUCAUCCACUUUGCUUCGCUCAUUUACACCAUGCGCAGGCUCCUCAUCCCGCUCUUUGAGCACUACGGCGCAGUGACCAUCGAGACCGAAGCCGACAACUUUCUGGUGGUCUUUGAAGACCCGUUGGCAGCGUUCUCGGCGGCAGCGCAGAUUCUUCCGCUCCUCGAUACCUUUAACGACCGCCAGUCCAACAACGACUUUAAGAUCGUCAUGGGCGGCGUCGGCGUUGGCUACGGCGAGAACCUCAUCCAAGACCAGCGGACCGGCAAACUGUACGGUGACCCGUGUGACUCGGCGUUCUGGCUCGGCGAGGAGCUGUGCGAGAAGCGGCACAUGCUUGUCGACGCCAACAUCCACGGGGCCAUCGCCAAGGUCAAGGCCGUCAAAAAGGCCGUGCGCUUCACCCGUGCCAAGGACACUUCGUUCCCCGCCGGCGAGUCGCUGACGUACUACGACUGCACCGGGUACGCCAAGUUCAAGGGCUCGUACAAGCUCCCAUCGCACGCCCUCACCACGCCGCGCAAGCCCAAGUCGUCGGACAAGGACAAGGACUUUUCUCGGCAAGCAUCAACCGGCGCCUCUUGGUCUCUGACGCCGAGCGCGAAGAUAUCGACGAUGCCCUCCGCCACCGUUUCGAAGCUCGGAGGCGUUCAAAAGACCAUCGAGGUCAAGUCCGCCGCCUACCGCAUCGUCCGCCCGCUCGUCAAGGCCAAUGCCGGCACCAUGGAGGAGGAGGGCCUCUGGAUCUUCCGCACCCCGGCCGACGCCGUCCGCACCGUCCUCGCCAUCCAGACUGCCGUCCACGAGUACAACGAGGACAAGCCCGAGGUCGAUCAGAUCCAUAUCCUCGGCUUUGGCGUCCACUCGGGCACCUUGCUGCUCGUCAAGGGGACAAACGUCCACUGGGGAGACCCCGUCAACACAUCGUCCAAAAUGUGUGAAGACCACGCCACUGGAGGCGACGUCUACAUCUCUCAAGAGGUCUACGAGGCCGUCAAGGACCACCGUGACCUGCGCGAGCUCUCUUACAACCACGAAACCAAGGAAAUCUCCAAGGUCAAGCUCUCCAUCUACAAGGUCGACGCCGCCUCGGCUGCAGGCCCCUCGCGCCGCGCCCGCCGCUCCUCCUCCUCGGACUCGCGCGACUCGCGCGACUCGCGCGACUCGCGCACCCCCUCGCGCAAGGCCCGCUUUACCAACAAUCGCUCGUCUAAGCGCGCCGAUCCGCCAGGCGCCUCUUCGCGCAAGGGCGCCCGCCGCGCCUCAGUCUCCCGCCGCCGCGCAGGCUCCAACGCCUCGCACAACCAGGGCUCUUCCGGUCGUCGCGAGUCGCGGACCCCAGGCCGCCCCCGUCGCCGCUCCUCCCGCGUCCACGAUCACGAUCGCUCCUCGUCUGAGCUCGACGAGUACGAGGUUGCCGCCGCCGGCCUCACUCAGGCUCUCGCAGCGGCUCGCACUGAUGCCGCUGCCGCCCAAGCCGCUGCUGCUGCCGCCCAAGCCGACGCCGCUGCCACUCAAGCUGCCGCUACUGCCGCCACGCAGCUUCUUCGUGACGAGCUGGCCGCUGCACACGCUGCGCGCGACGCCGCAGAGCGCGAAGCCACAGACCUGCGCGCCUCGGUCCACACCCUCCGCGUCGCCCUCGACGCCGAGCGAGCUGCUGCGGUGGCCGCAGAGCGCCUACACGCGGCAGCCGCUUCGCACACUGCGCGGUUGCUGGGAAAUUCGCCUCCGCCCCCGCCAGCUGACGCCUCUCGUCGCAUUGCCCGCCUCCAGCGCCCGCUGCCGCCGCUGCCGCUGUCGCCGCCGCCCGCCUCCAUCGCAGCCGACAGCCCCCCGGUGCCACCAACAGCUGUUAAUCAUGCCCCCGCUCUAACUCCUGACGAUGCUGCGCGCUCACCUGCUUCCACUUGGGACGCGCUCCCCGCCUCGCUGCUUGUGCGGAUUGUACUCGUCGCAUCGCCGCCCGAGUCCGUCCUUGUCCCGGCCUCGCGGGUCUGCUGGGCCUGGCGCAAGGCUCUGAUUGCCACACCGCAGCUGGAGGCUGUGUGGACGGCAUUGCUCUCGCAUACUCGCUUCACCGACACCUCGCUGCACUUUGCGGUACCGCGGCUGGUCCGGCUCGCGCCCAAGAUCCGCAUCAACCCUGCAGGCGCCACCGACCGAUCGUUCCGGUACAUGGGCCUGCUGCUCGGCUCUGUUUAUGGUGAUGAUACCUCUGCGAUGUCGGUAGCCGACAGCACCCUCAUCGCCCCGCCGCUCUCGCCGCUACAGCAUGCGUGGCGGCCGUCGCCACAGUGGCCCGCGCCGUGGGGUGGCCCGCCGUCGUUGGCCUCGCUCACUGCCUCGGUCUGCCGCGCCGUUACAGAUCGCGGCGUGCAGCUGCUACUCGCUGACGGCGGCGGUGCUGCGCUCACCCAUCUCAAUCUCUCGGCCUGCCAGCACUUGACUGACAAGGCGCUCGCCUUUAUUGCCGCCGGCGCGCCGGCGCUGCAGCGGCUCAAUCUCAGCGAUGUCUCGCACCUCACCGAAGGCGGCGUGGCCCAGCUUGCCAGCACUCUAGGGCCUUCACUGAGAGAGCUCUCGCUUGCCGGCUGCGACAAGCUUGGUCAUGCCGCCGCUACCGUUCUCGGCUCGGCCUUUCCGGCGCUGGUCCGGUUGGACCUCGCCCGAUGCGUUGCUCUCGACGAUGACGCCGUCAGUGCUAUCAUCGGCCAAGCCUCCUCGGCCAAGCUCCGCUCGCUCUCGCUUGCCUCGCUCCCAAGCGUCACUGAUGCCAUCCUCCCCCUCCUGGCGGCCUCGCCUGCUGCACAGGCCUGCGCCCUCCGCGACCUCAAGCUCACUGGCAUCCUCACCUUUACGCCCAGCGCCAUCGCAUCAUUGGCUCAUGCCGCACCCUCGCUCAAGACGCUCGCCAUCUCCCUCGCUCCAUCAGCAGACGCAGCGAGCCUCUCCGCCACCGUCCCGCCGUCGCUCAGCCUCCAGAUCCGCAGCACCGGCGGCAGCCCGCUCCGUCGCGCCCCGUAGCCUCCCCCCCCUUUGGG